CUUCCUGUGUAAACUGAUGGCCUUCAGAAUAAAAGUGGGUUUUUUGCCCUCCAGUUUGACCUUACUUUGGAGGGAUGCUAAUAAAUCAAGAACAUCCACGUUAACUGUCCUAAAGCAGGACUAGCCCUGUAGUGAACAUUAAAAGUGUGACGAAACAUAAACGGCCUGAUAAGCUGAUCACAUCUCUCGUAAACAGGUGUUCAACGGGUGCUUUCCUUUUUUAUCUGAUUAUUAUGAUUCCUGCUCCAAACACGGGAUCUUGUUUGGGAGAUGGUCAAAUAUUCCUGCUGGUGUUCCAUGUCAGCUGCAUCCAUCUUCAGGCACCCAUCCACAUCCAGGUCAUCCAGGAGGAGGCGUCCUGGUCACAUGCUGAACCACCUUGGUUUGCACCUUGUAAUGUGGAGUACCGUUUCCUGUCUCUCAGGUGGAGUCCACACACUCUUUGGAAGAAGAUCGCUUCUGCUGGUGCCCACAGCUGUUGGUAAGGGAUGAGGUCAGGUUGGUAAAUCUGCUUCACAGAUGCUGCUGUGCUCUCCCCUCACUCGUGCAGAAAACACUGAACAACUUUAACUUUGUGAAAAACGGCCUCAGACAUUAUUUCUGAUCUUGUCUCUCGCACCCGAUUGCUGAGCACCCCUGUGCGAGCUGGGGGAAAGCAAUUUCCUUCUUUAUGAUCCGCUUGUUUGAUUUGCCCAAAACUUGGACAUCGGAUGAUGAAGCUGUCAGGCAGGAGGAAAACAGGAAGAGGUUCACUGAUGUAGAGAAAGAGGACGCACAGAGGGUUGAUUCUAGGGAAAGAGUGACGCUGAGGCUGAUGAUCUGCUGUGGUAACUCUUACAGGGAGCAACUGAAAAAAGAUGAAGGAGAAUAAAAAUAUCUCCUAACAUAUAAAAUGAUACACUAAAAAUAAUAAGCACCAGUAUUGUUGACUGUGCAGUGACCUGCAAGAGGCAGUAGCUCAACUCCCACAACAACGCCACUGCUGGAAGCCUCAGAGGAUUCAGGGGGAAAUGUAAAGAAGAAGAAGAAAGAACAUAACAAUAAAACUCCUGCUUUUAUUGUGAAGGCUGCAGUGGAAGUCGUGUCUCUGGCCGGUUGCUUCGCUCUCCUUCCGCGAUCAGAGCCCGGAGUCUGGAGGCAGAACCGAGCGGAAACCUGCGAAAUAAAGCGGCGGCCAGGUGCGAAGGAUGGCCGAGGAGCAUUACCUGGAGCUGAGCGAGAACCCCGUGCAGUUCGAACAUGCCUCGAGCGUCAACAACGUCUUCUUCGACGAGGCCAACAAGCAGGUGUUCGCAGUGCGUUCAGGUGGAGCCACCGGGGUGGUGGUUAAAGGUCCUGAUGACAAGAGCAGCGUCGCCUUCAGGAUGGACGAUAAAGGAGAAGUAAAAUGCAUCAAGUUUUCCAUCGGUAACAAGAUCCUGGCUGUGCAGAGAACCUCCAAGUCUGUGGAUUUCAUCAACUUCAUCCCCGACUACCCGCACACAGAGUUCAGUCAGGAGUGUAAGACGAAGAACGCCAACAUUUUAGGUUUCUGUUGGACCAACUGGAACGAGGUCGUCUUCAUAACCGACCAGGGAAUCGAGUUUUACCAGGUGUUUCCAGACAAGCGCAGCCUGAAGCUGCUGAAGAGUCAGAGCAUCAACGUGAACUGGUACCAGUACUGCCCCGAGACCGCCGUCAUCCUGCUGUCCACCACCGUGCAGGGGAACAUCCUGCAGCCCUUCGCCUUCAGGAACGGGACCAUGUCCAAGAUGUCCAAGUUUGAGAUCGAGCUGCCGGUUGUCCCCAAACCCGCCAAACUCAGCCUGUCGGAGAGAGACAUCGCCAUGGCAACCAUCUAUGGCCAGCUGUACGUGAUGUACCUGAAGCAUCACUCGAGGACGGCCAACAGUCCCAGUGCAGAGGUGGUGCUGUACCACCUGUCCAGGGAAGGUUCCUGUAAGAAGAGUCACGUGCUGAAGCUGAACACGACGGGCAAGUUCGCUCUGAACAUCGUCGACAACCUGGUGGUGGUUCAUCACCAGAGCUCGCAGACGUCGCUGAUCUUCGACAUCAAGCUGAAGGAGCCCGACUGUGCCCUGAACAUCCACCAGCCCGUCCUGCCCGCCAGGUCCAUCCACCCCUACAGGAUCCCGCUGUCAGGGCCGGCGGCCGUUCCUUCGCAGCCUCCGGUGCCGUGUCAGCUCUACUCCUCCUCCUGGAGCGUCUUCCAGCCAGACAUCAUCAUCAGCGCCAGCGAAGGUUACCUGUGGUACCUGCAGGUGAAGCUGCCGCCCACAGUCAACCUGCUGCAGGACAAAGGCAAACUGAUGGACUUCCUGUUACGGCGCAGAGAGUGCAAGAUGGUCAUCCUGUCGGUCUGCGCGCAGAUUCUGGAGGUCGGCGAGAAGGGAAGUCUUCCUGUUGUGGCGACCGUGUUUGACAAACUCAACCAGGUGUACAAAGAUUACCUGGAGGCGGAGCAGAGCUACACUCAGGCGAUGGAGUCCGGACCGAGCCGAGGAAGCGCCGCCCAGAAGCGUCCGGUCAGAACUCAGGCCGUCAUCGACCAGUCGGACAUGUACACGCACGUCCUGUCCUCGUUCACGGAGAGGAAGGGCGUCUCCCACAAGUUCAUCAUCGCCGUGCUGAUGGAGUACAUCCGCUCUCUGAACCAGUUCCAGAUCACCGUCCAGCAUUACCUGUACGAGCUGGUGAUCAAGACGCUGGUGCAACACAACCUGUUCUACAUGCUGCACCAGUUCCUGCAGUACCACGUCCUCAGCGACUCCAAACCUCUGGCGUGUUUGCUGCUGUCUCUGGAGAGCACGUACCCACCCGCACACCAGCUGUCCCUGGACAUGCUGAAGCGUCUGUCCACGGCCAACGACGAGAUCAUCGAGGUUCUGCUGUCGAAGCAGCAGGUUCUGGGCGCGCUCAGAUUCAUCCGCAGCGUCGGUGGCCACGACAACGCGUCUGCGCGGAAGUUCCUGGACGCGGCGCAGCAGACCGGAGACCAGAUGCUGUUCUACACGGUGUUUAGGUCGUUCCAGCAGAGAAACCAGCGACUCAGGGGAAGCCCCGCCUUCAACCCAGGUGAGCACUGCGAGGAGCACGUGGCUCACUUCAAGCAGCUGUUUGGGGAGCAGGCGUUGAUGAAGCCCUCCACCGUGUGAGCCCGGUCUCCGUGGCGAGGAGACGACCUGACGGGACGCAAAUCGUCGCGUACGUUCACGUGCACACGAGUGUCCUGCUGCAGGAAACCGUGAGAGUGUGACGCCACAGAGCAGCCUAGCAUGCCGCCCCCAGGGUUAAGAAAAGGUGGUGUUACUGUGGCCCGAUCCCUGCUGCUCCACCUUAAAUGUUAACAGGAUGUGUUAAUUUAUGAUGAUUGUUUUUGCUAAAAUCUUCCUCCUCUUCAUGCGGUCGGGUUUACCUGCACAGGUGAUCCUGAUAUCGCUCUGAUAUCAGCUGUUGUGGGAGGGGCCAGAGCCUGCACCGCUGUGUGUUUGUGGGGUGAAUGUGAGGUGUAUAUUCUGUAAGAUAAAGAUGAAUUAUUGUGCAUGAACAGGUUUUAAUGUCAUGAAAUCCAACAUGUCUGUAUGCAGCUAAUAAAGGUUUAACUGAAAA